AUGGAAGAUUCGGACACCAGAGCAAUUCUUCCGCAAUAUACUAUAUUGUCUGCAGACGACUACAUACCGAUAAAUGACACAUUUUGUAGUAACGAGGAGGUUGAGAAGAAGGGACACAAGUGCUCCAGACGGCCGCCCGUUCGCUUGCCCACUUUCGGUUUAUGUUGAACCCGUGUUGUUCUUAUCGAUGUUCUCGCUGUCUCUUCAGUGGCCGCUGUCUAUGCAGUACCUAUGGGACCGCAUCAGUGAAGACGUCGGUUACAAUGGAACAGAAGGAGGGGGAUGUGACAACACCUCCGGGCCCCCAGACCCACUUCAAAAGGUGGGGGAAACAUAGACAUAAUGAGAAAGACACAAAUGCUCUAUCACUCCUGUUCUUGGAGGCCCACAUUGUGUGCAGGCUUUUCUUCCAGCGCAGCAUUAACACAGCUGGUUCAACUAAUCAAGGUCUUGAAUGAUGAUUAAAUAAUAGCUUAAUUGGUGGAAUAAUGUCAAAUAAUAACCUAAGAUCACGUGUAACAUCUUAAUGAUCAUUAUGAGAAACAAAGCAUAUGAGAUUGCUCAAAUGUAACCUUUAUUUAACCAGGUUGGUCAAGUUGAGAUAAAAAUCUAUUUUUUAAGAGAGACCUGGACCAUGACAGCAGCAUCAACAGAUCAGUUUCAGACAAACAGGCACAUGACAUCAACCAGAUGAAGAUACAUCAAUAUUGAAAGCAGCAAGUCAGUAAAGAACAUUACAUGACACAAGUUAGAAAAAACAGAAUACGGCCAAUAACAGUGUCAAAAUACUUCAUUUAAGACAACAUCCUUCCUUACAUAAGGCAACGCCGACUAGUGACAUCAGGUGAAAACUAGAAACAACUACAUGUCUCAACAACAUGUUAAUCUAUUUGUCCUUUGAACUCCUCUAGGUACACUAGGUCCUGGAGUUUUAGGUUGGCUUGCCAAUAACUGACCAUGACAGUGAACUGUUUGCUUUCAUCAUAACUCAAACCAUAUUCUCUCAUCAUCAGGAGAUGGAGACCCUGACAGCCCACUGGAACCAAAACAUCAACUUAGGAGGCAUUGCAGUGGGGCUGUUUGUGGUGACUCUGCUAGGCUCCUGGAGCGACCAGGGGGGCCGGCGGCCCGUGCUCAUCCUGCCCAGCCUGGGUCCUGCAGGCUGGGGCCUACCUGGUGGUCAUGUACCUCAAGCUGCCCGUGGCCUGGUUCCUCCUGGGCAGGCUGCUCUCAGGCCUCUCAGGUAGGGAUAAGUCCUGUAUUGAAAAGGAGAUGGGACACCGUUAUGUUAGCUUCAGGAACAUCUUUACUAAGAUACAACCGGAUAGUACAUCAUGCUAAGUCCAACUCAAGUUUUUCAGAAUAAAUUACUUGCUAGUGCUGAUUAAUCAAUUAAUCCGCUUUUUCUAAACACUUUAAAAAAAAUCAUUGUGGGCACCUUUGACUGACUUAUCGAUGAAUCAACUAACUCAUCCUUACUCUCAGGCGACUUCAACACCAUCCUGGCAGGCUGCUUUGCCUAUGUGGCUUACAUCAGCGACAGGGGCUCCCGGACCUUCAGGGUGGUAGUGCUGGAGGCCUGUCUGGGACUUGCUGGCAUGCUGGCCAGUAUCAUAGAGGGGCAGUGGCGACGGGCACAAGGGUAGGUUAUUCCACGUUAAGAUGGCCCAAGGUAGCUUGCUAUCUGUGGACUGAAAACGUAUUCUUCUUCGAUUUAUUAAAGUAUGUUUAUAAGCGUCUAAACUUGUGAUACAGUAAUGUAACUGGAUAACACUUAUACCUCUCAUGGGGACUUGAGCCAUACUGAAAUAACAGAAUUCCCCACCCUUUCUUUUCUUCCCCAGGUACAUUAACCCAUUCUGGCUGGUGCUGGCCACUAACCUGGCUGCUGCCCUCUAUGCCUACCUGUUUGUACCCGAGUCCGUAACCCCUGACCCCAGUGCCAAACUCUUCACAAAAUGGAGGAGGUACAAACUGUGGCUCUACACCUUCUGCUUCUUCCUGGUGGUGAAGGUCCACUUUGGCAGCCGGGAGCUGUAUGUUCUGUAUGAGCUGAGCUCUCCACUGUGCUGGGGCCCAGGGCUGAUCGGCUGGGGGUCUGCAGCCCAGAACCUGGCCUACUUCAGCAGCCUCUUGGGUUUGAGGACCAUGCAGCGAUGCCUAGAGGACUCCUGGGUGUCUCUGGUGAGACUGGCCUCAAACAUGACCGGCCUGGUGGUCAUCUCACUGGCCAACACUACUGAACUCAUGUUCACA